AGUGAAAACACUAGUAUCAUACAAGACUUUUCUCUCUCAAUUUUUCUACUUUCUCUCUCUAGUUUCCUUGCCGCCGACCACUCAAAAUCCCCCCAUUUUCACCUUUUUUCCGAUCUGGAGUUUCGACCCUAUUUCUCUUAUUGUUGUAAUACAUGUGAAGAUUUGAGUAUUGUAGCCGAAAUCUUACUGGGGAACUCACUGUUUUGAGUGGUAUAGCAAAUCCCAUUUGCAUUAAUUGGAGUUUUUUUUCGCCGGUGAGUGAUUUCUUGCCAAUUUUUGUAUCUGGGUUUUUCUUAUCUACUUGGCUUUGAGCUGGUUUUGUAUUAUGGGUGUUUGCUAAUUAGCUAGUCUGAGCUUGUGUUCAGAUACACUAGUUGGGUACAGAAAGAAGAAGAAGCAAUAUUGAAUGGUAGAUUUGCUAAAAGAAGCGAGUAGGAAGUUUGUUAAGUAGAAAUGGUGUAGAUUUUUUACAUUUUAGGCACUACAUAAACCCUAGAAGUAUUCUAUUUCAUACGCCAUGAAUGAUUGCGUGGGCUCUGGUGAAGUGAGUGUAUUGUCUUCUGGUGAUCAGACAGCUCCUUGUAAAGAAGCAGCAAAGAAAAAACGGAAUCUACCUGGAAUGCCAGAUCCUAAUGCGGAAGUGGUAGCUUUGUCACCGAAAACUCUAUUGGCAACGAACAGAUUUGUGUGUGAAAUUUGCAAUAAAGGGUUUCAGAGAGACCAGAAUUUGCAGCUUCAUAGAAGGGGUCACAAUCUACCUUGGAAGCUAAGGCAGAGAUCAAGCAAUGAGGUGAGGAAGAGAGUGUAUGUUUGCCCCGAAACUACGUGUGUUCACCAUGAUCCUUCACGGGCAUUAGGCGAUUUGACUGGGAUCAAGAAGCAUUUCUGUAGGAAACACGGUGAGAAGAAGUGGAAAUGUGACAAGUGCUCGAAAAAGUAUGCAGUUCAGUCUGAUUUGAAGGCUCAUUUGAAGAUUUGUGGAACUAAAGAGUACAAAUGUGAUUGUGGGACUAUGUUUUCAAGGAGGGAUAGCUUUAUCACACACAGGGCAUUUUGUGAUGUUUUAGCAAAAGAUACUGAGAAAGCACAGAAUGCAGUUACAACUCCUAUUGCUGAGGAGGACCUUAAAGUUCAAGUUGAUGUUUCAUCGACACCACAAACACCUCGUACGCCCCCACCAUCCUCAGAGCCGCCAGCCGUUCCUUCACCAGCUGCCCCGGAGCCUCUACCACCUCCUGGUUCUCCGUCAACUGCUGUAGUGUCUUCUGAUUCUCCUAUCCAGCAUCCAGAGAGUCCACACACAAAUUCCAAUGGAACUAUUACUAAACAUGAUAUAGAAGAAACAACAGCAAAAUCAAGGUUGUCUGGAAUCUGCAGUAGUAGCUCAUGCACCGGAUGUACCAACAGCAACUGUUUUACAAGCUUGACUGGAAUCUGCAGCAGCAGUUGGAGCUCAAGCAGUAAUGGAAGUACCAGUAACAGCAGCAUUUUUUCAAGCUUGACUGGAAUCUGUAGCAGCACUAGGAGCUCGAGCAGUAAUGGAAGCACUGGCAGCAUCAGCGUUUUCCCAAGCUUGUCUGGAAUAUGUAGCAAUAGUAGGAGCUCAAGCAGUAAUGGAAGUACCCAGAGCAGCAGCAUAUUUUCAAGUUCAACUGGGAUCUGUAGCAGCAGCAUAUUUCCAAGUUCAACUGGAAUCUGUAGCGGCAGCAGCAUUUUUGCAAGUUCAACUGGAAUAUAUAGCAACAGCAGUAGCUUGAGCAGUAACAGAAGUACCAGCGGCAGCAGCAUUUUUACAAGCUUGACUGGAAUCUGUAGCAGCAGUAGUAACUCAAGCAGCAACAGCACUUUUGCAAGCUUGUUUGCUUCAUCAACAGCUUCAGGAAGUUUGCCGUCUCAAGCACCUCAAUUUACUGAUUGGUUUCAGUCCGUGGCUCCUUCACCACCACCUGAUAUAGAACCACCAUCAUCUAUGGAACCAAUAUCUCUCUGCCUUGCAAUGAAUCAUGGUUCAUCAGUCUUUGGAUCAACCGGGCAAGAAAGAAUGCAGUAUGCUGCAGCACCACAACCAUCCAUGUCUGCAACAGCAUUACUGCAGAAGGCUGCUCAGAUGGGUGCAACUGCGACAAACUCAUCAUUGUUGAGGGGUCUUGGGAUUUUAUCUUCUUCUUCAUCGUCUAGUGGGCAACACGAAUGGAAUGGGAGACAAAUUGACACUGAUGGUGCAACGUUGGCUGCAGGCCUUGGCCUUGGAUUGCCAUGUGACGAUGGCUCUGGUCUAAAGGAACUAAUGCUGGGAACUCCCUCUGUUUUCGGUCCCAAACAUCCUACUCUUGACCUUCUUGGAUUGGGAAUGGCAGCUGGUGGAGGCUCAACACCUGGAUUAUCCGCUCUAAUAACAUCAAUGGGCGGUAAUCUAGAUGUGGCUGCGGCAGCAAGACCGUUUGACAGUGGAGAAUUUUGUGGGAAGGAGUUUGGAAGAAGUUCAUGAUACCAAAUGUGAAUGACCAUGAAGCUUUAGUUGACAAUUUGGCAAAGCCCAUUAGGUAGGGAGAAAACUGUCUUUGUUGUUGUAAUAUAGAAGAAACUCCUACUCUAUGUAUAAACUUUUCUGCUCUUUAUUCUAAAGGAAGCAACUAUAUUUAUUUAAUUCAAGUGUAAAAAGUUAUAGUUUCCUUAAGGUUAAAAUA